AUGGGAAACGUAUCGCCCACGCCCCACCAGCUGUUGGUGGAAGCUGCGGUCUUCUGGAGUAUUGGAGCGGUACUCUACAUUGGUCGAAUGUAUGUGGCCUCCCGGCUCACAGCAAAUAUGUCAGCCCAAAGGAUAUCAUGGGACGAUUAUGUGAUGACAGCAACGUUUAUAUUUUAUACGAGCUUGAUGGUAUUAAUUCAAAUUUCGGCAAAAUAUGCGACAAAUCUGAUGGAUCCGAGCGAGUACGACGCGGUGCUCUCCGACCCCCAACAAGUUCGUGAGCGCAUCCUUGGAAGCAAAAUUGUCAUUGGGCUUGAACAGUGCAUGCUUUUUGUAACCUGGGGGGUGAAAGUCUGCCUAUUGAUACUCUACUGGCGCAUCACUAAGAAUCUGCGCUCGAACCUUUACGUCAAGAUUACCGCCGUUUAUGUGGCGCUUGGUUUCGCCGUGAUUGAGAUCACCUACUACGCCGUGUACUGCCGACCUUUUUCGCAAUAUUGGGCGUUGCCAGUGUCGAAUUUGCAAUGCGCCACGUACCAACACUAUUCCAUCACACAGGCGGUUUUCAACCUCACAUCGGAUGCCUUCAUGUUUGCCAUUCCCAUACCGCUUAUCGUCAAGGCGAAACUUCCACAACGUCGGAAGUUGCUGCUACUAUGCGUGAUGAGCCUAGGUCUUUUCACGAUCAUUGCCGCCAUUCUGAACAAAUACUUCAACUUCGCCUCCCCUAUGACAACCGUGUACCAGAUUUGGUACAUACGUGAGUCCAGCACUGCUGUCUACGUUGCCAACAUGAUGUGCUGGUGGCCGCUACUCCGGAGGGUGUUCGGUAUGAAGGCCUUCCAAUACAGUAGUAGCCGUGGACGGCCAUCUCGGGGUACAGAAAAUAAGGAAAGCAAUCUCUACUCGAAGACCGCUGGCUCACAGUCCCGUGCAUCCUUUUCUUUAACCCGCCCUUUUCACCUCUCUCGAAAAGCUUUCUGUAGCUCGACAAAGGGUACUACACCCACUGAAAAUGAAAAUGCCAGGAACUCUAGCCAAGAGGCGAUAAACCGGUCUACAAGUGGCACCGUGGAUGAUCUGGAUCGCGUGGAUACUAUUCCACUGGAGGUUUGGGGCAAGGGUAACGAGCGCGGCACCGAUGUUGACGACCUCACCACCCAAAAAUCCGACGCAAAGUUUGAACGUGAUCACAAGGCAGAGGUCCCUCUCGGCAGUCAGAUCUACUGUACUCGCGAGUUUGACAUCACUUCUCACUCCAGGAGCGGACCCCCGUCUAGAUGA